UUAAUAGUUACAAAUGCUAAGAACCGUGGCUAAUAAUCCCGCGGCAAUAGCGAGACAAGAAUGAUUUUAUGCAAAACUAGCUUUAUUCCUGAUUAAUUAUUUAACUUGAACGGAAGAUCUUUGUACGGAAGACCUUUUUAAUUAUAGAUGUCACCAAGAGCUGUCUUUUCAAACAUAACUUUAUUUUCAUAAUUCAACAGACACGCUAACGGUGUAGCUGUUUGAGAAGGCUAUCUCAUAAAUAGGUUCUUUCAAUUUUCUCGAAGAAAUAAAAAAAAUUUUGAUCCCGUAUGAAACCUUUUUUCGUAAGUGUCACAUUUGUGCUUCGUGCAUCAAGUUUGCUUUGAUGGACACUAACACUGUGUUUAUUUCUCAACAGUGCUUUUUGGUCUUACUGUGUCUUCUUUGCCAGGUGCAGGCUGGAGAAGGAAGUUUCAGUCCCAAGACAGAGACAUCUGUGACAAGAUCUACAAAUACACAAACAACACGUACGCCCCCAUUGACCAUUAAAGGAAGUUCCAGUUCCAAGACAGAGACAUCUGUGACUACAUUGUCAAAUACACGAACAACAAGCAGGCCUCCAUCAACGAUGAAAGGAAGUUUCAGUCCCAAGACAGAGAAAGCUGUGACAACCUCUACAAAUACACGAAAAGCAAGUAGGCCUCCAUCAACCAUUGAAGGAAGUUCCAGUCCCAGGACAGAGACAUCUGUGACUACAUCUACAAAUACACGGACAACAGGCAGGCCUGCAUCAACUUUUCAAGAAUGUCAUAGACCUCUGGGUAUGCAGAGCGGUGCAAUCGAAGAUUGGCAGAUAACUUCCCGUCACUCUCGUGACUACAGGUAUAAACCCAGUCCUGGGAGAAUGCUUCUGGAGACGGCAAGAGGAGGAGGAGACGCUUGGAAACCCUACUGGAGUUAUAGAGGCGUAUGGUUUCAGGUUUAUCUCCAUAAUAAAUAUACUUGGGUAACUGGUAUAGGAACACAAGGAAGCGUGACAACAUACUGGCUGUAUUAUUGGGGCCGAGGAGGUCGGUGGUACAAGGAAAAAGGACAACGACAUGCCAAGGAAUUCCCCGGAAAUAUAGACAGAAACACUGUUUUUCGCAACGAACUAGGUACACCCAUCAGAACAAGCCUCAUCCGUAUCUAUCCACGGGCUUGGAGAAGAACCAUAGAAAUGAGAAUGGAGCUGUAUGGUUGUAAAGACGAGUGUUUGAGGUACAAGCCAUGUAAGAAUGGAGGCAGAUGCGUUCCUGAUUACAUCAACGAGAACUACACUUGCAUUUGUCCUAUCGAGUUUUACGGUGAUACCUGCAGAUUAGGUAACUUAUGCAAGCUUAGUAAACCUUGCUUAAAUGGAGGUACCUGCUCACCAAUGAGAUACUGGCCUUAUUUCAAAUGCAUUUGUUCUUCUAUCCACAUUGGUUUCAACUGCAGAACCCGAAUAGCAAAUGCAUGCGAUCUCGAGCCUUGUCUUAACAGUGGCACUUGUCGGCCUGUAAAAUCCUGGCCGUUCAUUCGAUGUUCUUGUCGGUCUGGAUACGCUGGUUUUAACUGUGGCAUCCGAAUAGUGGACCGUUGCAGUCACAACCCCUGUCCACGAAAUUGGACUUGUAAAACGAAAGAUAACGGCAUUGGUUUUGAUUGUGAUUGUUCAUCAGGAGACUGCAGUUAUAAACCGGCCUGUGUAUGCCAAUCUCAUCCUUGUCUGCAUGGAGGAACGUGCUUACCAGAUAACAAUGUAUCAGGAGAUUUCAAAUGUGUCUGUCCUGCAGGAUACGUUGGAUAUAACUGUGAAUAUGCAAAACAUGAUUCGUGCUCCGCCGAGUCUUGUCGCAAUGGAGGAACCUGCAAACCGGAUAGUAACCCGCUGGGUUUUGAAUGCAACUGCCAUUCAGGAUAUAUUGGAUUUAACUGUGGCAUUAAGGAGGUCGAUCCGUGUUCAGAUCCAGACAACAACCCUUGCGAGAAUGGUGGAACAUGUGUGCAGCAGAAUAAUGCAUUGGGAUACACAUGCAAAUGCACAUCAGAGUAUAUUGGGUUUGACUGCGGCUUUCUGAAAGACGAUCCUUGUUCCCCUAACCCUUGUCAAAACGAAGGAAACUGUACCAGAAACAGUGGUCAAGAGGAUUUUAUUUGCAACUGUGCCUUUGGAUAUACUGGUAAAAAAUGUCAGAACCUGAUAGUUCAUGGGAACUGGAGCCUAUGGACGCCAUGGCCAAACUGCAACAAGCCGUGCAACAAUGGAACAAGAACAAGGAGGCGUGUAUGUGAUAACCCUAGCCCAGCUUUUGGUGGAAAAAGCUGCGAAGGUUUAUCCUCUGAAACUGAACCAUGUAACAAAGAAGAGUGCCCAGCCGAGAAAAUAAAAUACGAGGUUAAAUUAAAAGACGAAAAAUGGAAAGAUUAUCUUGCAGUACCGAAAAGUAAAGAGUACGUGGAACUUGAGAACAGAAUCAAAAAAGCCGUUAAGGACUUCUACCACAAAACGGAUGAAAAUGUUGAGGAGCUAAAGUUUUGGAAAGGAAGUGUCAUCUCUAGUUUUGACGUCAUCUAUGAGAGCAUAGACUCGUUACAAAUCGUCUCUUUCUUAGAGGAAAUAGAAGGAGGAACACUGGGAGACAUUCCAGUUGAGUUACGCAAUAUCAAAACUAGAAACGUACCACAACAAGCUCCUGAGAUUGUGGAAGCCAACAGCACCAAAUCAACGAGUAUUGACAUAAAGUGGAUGCAAAGGUCUUCCGCCCCAUUUCUGGGAAACAUGAUCGUCUACAAAGAAACCGGUAAAAAGUUCAAGACUAAUACCAUAAAGUCAGUUCCAGCCACUGAACCUGGAGCAGUGCUGGAGGAUUUAAAAAAAUUCACAAAUUACACCAUCCGUGUGUUUACCUUUACAAAUGAAGGGAACGGAGUGCCAAGUGACGAUGUCACCGUAAGAACUCAAGAAGAUGUGCCAAGCCAGCCUCCCCCUGACAGUGUUGUUACAUCAACAAGUUCAAGUAUAAUCCAUGUGUCCUGGGGGCCAAUAAGCCCAGAUUUCGUACACGGGAGACUUGUGGGAUACGAAGUUAGGUACGCAAAGGAUGACGAAUCAUCGGAAUGGGAGAAUAAGAGAGUUGAUUUCAACGUACACGAGACAGUUUUAUCUGAUCUGGAGUAUUUCACUCGGUACAAAGUUGUGAUCUGCGCAAGGACAUCUAAAGGGUGUGGAAAAAAUGUGUCUCACACUGCAACCACAUUUGGUGAUGCGCCCAGUAAGCCUCCGCAAAACGUUGCAGCUGAGAAAUUAAAGGCAGCAGAAUCCAUCAAAGUCUCCUGGAAUGAAGUGCCUUUUGGUCACGUCAAUGGUCUAUUGAUGGGAUAUUCUAUAAAGUACCGAAGAGUUAAAACUGCCGAGAAAAAUUUAGUUUAUUCGGUGGAGGAGACGGCCAUAGCAAAAUCAAAUGAUCUCUGGAUAAUACUCAGUGUUCAAACCUACUCAGUUUAUGAAAUCAGAGUGGCAGCUUUCACUCAGAAAGGCCUGGGGCCUUAUAGUGAAUAUAAACUCGGUGAAACCUGUCGCUGCCCAAAGACCCUUUACACAAACUAUUGGUCAACUCCACCGUAUUUAAAAGUGAAUCAAGAAGAUAAUACUCUGGAUGGCAUUUUUAGUCACAUCGUCACAGAUAUGAUUUAUACAGCUUGCGGAGAAUGUCCUGCAUACGGUUCCACUGAAAUCGACAUAACUUCAAACGGAAAUAAACAGCCAUCCGCCAAGGAAAGCCUUGUAGACGUUCUUGGUGACAUCGACGACGUUCCACAGAUAAGUUUUCCAAUCUAUGGCAACAAAUACGUUACAAGAUUUGGGGGGGUUCACGCUUAUGUUAACCUUGUGCAGUCCCCAGGAUUAGCUUUUGUAGCUGCGAAGAGCAUUCCGGGAGCAGCUGCAACGAACAUGAUAAACGCUGUGUUUUCUUGCUUUCCAUUGGUGAUACUGUCAGCAUGUAUGUCGUUUAUUUCCGGGUUUAUCAUUUGGCUUUUGGAUACCACGAACCGGGAUGAAUUUCCAACCAGUUUUCGAAAAGGUGUUGGUGAAGGAUUCUGGUGGUCAUUUAUCUCCAUGACGACCGUUGGUUAUGGAGACCGUUCACCCCGUUCUGUUCCUGCCCGUAUGUUUGGAAUCACAUGGACCCUCACAGGACUCGUUAUCAUCUCAAUUCUUGUCGGUGCAAUUGCCUCGGCGCUGACCUCUGUCACUGUCAAAUAUCCAGUAAUAUUGUAUGGUUCAAAGAUUGGAGUAAUUCAGAACUCCACGGAACAUCGAAUCGGUACCCUGAAGAAUGCAAGGGUAAAUGAAGAAGAGAACUACAAAAAUUUAAAACAACUUCGAACAGCGCUCGAGAAUGGAGAAAUCGAGGGUGCUCUUAUAGACACCUACGUUGCUGCAGAACACAAAGACGAGCUUUUCAGCGACAAAAUAUAUGUGAAGCAGAUUUUAGACAGGCCGUUUGGUUAUGGAGUUGUUCUGUCGGGAGCAGCAGUGAAUGUGGAACAGAGAUGUCGCGAUUACAUCAACCAGCACAUGAGUUAUAUAUCUCACAUGAUACCCAACUCCACAAAGACACUUGAUCCUGCUCCUCCAGAUGAGUCUGUAGAGCUAAGUACAGACUUGUUCGACGGCUCGUCUGAAAUGUUCCUUAUAGCCUUAGCUUCCUUAUGUGGAAUGCUAGGAUUUGCCGUCCUUGGUGGCAUUACUUAUCACUAUCUGAUUUUCGUUCCACACCAAAGGAGAGCCGACAAAUUGAAAGCAUCUUCAUCUCAACUCGCUCACAAAAAAGCUCUGGUUGCAGAAAUGAGAGACUCCGUCCGCAUUUUUCACUCACAGAUGUCCACUCGAAUAACUGCAGAAAUGGGAAAAUGCAGACAAGCACUAAAAGAGAUUAGAGAGGAUAGAAAUAAUUCUAAACAAGGCGGUUCUUUUUUCUUAAAAAAUAUUGUAACUAAUCCAAUCUACUCAGAUUCAUCUCAGGGAUUUUAUUCAGUUGUGGGACAGCGACCUUUGGCAUCUAAGUCAGCGGAGAGUAUUGUAGAGCAUGGAAAACAUAGUCCUUAUGCAAACACCGCUGCCUUAAACUCUUCGGGAGAGACCUUGAGCCUUGGUGGUGACCGCGAUAAGUGUCACGCACUCAACCUACGCAGUGAAGUAGCGUUACAUUAGUGUCACGCUUUCAACCUGCGUAGCGAAGUAUAGCGUUAUGUUAGAUUGAUUUAUGGAUAAGAUACUGCUAAAUGUUACUAUGGUAAUUUUACAGGCUUAACAGGAUACCCAUAGCGGUGUUCAUUAGCAAUAAGGCAUUCGAUUUGAUCUGGAUAUUCUACCAUUAGACAACAAAAAUAAACGGUUUAGAUUCAUCGAAGCUGUCUGUGUAGCUCGAAGAGCAUUGGCUUUGAAUUAAUUAUAAACACGAGUUCCUUAUUUCUACUUGAUAUAUUUCCAUUUAUCAUUAUCAUAAGUAGGGAGACUAUCUAAUGUAAUUUUUAUGCCGCAAGACGACAAAGAUUAAUAGACUUAAUGGUAUAGAAUCAUUGACGCCGUUUAACCAGCUUUAAGAGUAAUUGAUUUGAAAUACACAUGGUUUUCAUUGAUCUGUGUCAGGACAUAUUUCCAUUUGUAAUCAAGCAAUGAGGCAUUCUGUUUAAUUUAGAUCUUUUGACGUAGGACGAAGACGAUUAAUAAUAUAGAUUCAUUACAGCACUUUAAGUGGCUCCCAGAACAUUUACUUUAUGUUGAUCAAUAAAGACUGUCAUUGU